GGGGCUGGAGCUGUGGGUACCACCUUCUCUGCAACGCCGGGGCCGGGAGUCUUAGAACCCAGGGCCCGCAGGGGUCCCCGCGGCCGCUGCGAUGCAGAAAUACGAGAAACUGGAGAAGAUUGGGGAAGGCACCUAUGGGACUGUGUUCAAGGCCAAAAACCGGGAAACCCACGAGAUUGUGGCUCUAAAGCGCGUCAGGCUGGAUGAUGACGAUGAGGGUGUGCCAAGUUCAGCCCUCCGGGAGAUCUGUCUACUCAAGGAACUGAAGCACAAAAACAUUGUCAGGCUUCAUGAUGUCCUGCAUAGUGACAAGAAGCUGACGUUGGUUUUUGAGUUCUGUGAUCAGGACCUGAAGAAAUAUUUUGACAGCUGCAAUGGUGACCUGGACCCCGAGAUUGUGAAGUCAUUCCUCUUUCAGCUGCUGAAAGGCCUGGGAUUCUGUCACAGCCGCAACGUGCUGCAUAGGGACCUGAAGCCCCAGAACCUGCUCAUAAACAGGAAUGGGGAAUUGAAAUUGGCUGAUUUUGGCCUGGCUCGAGCCUUUGGUAUCCCAGUUCGCUGCUACUCUGCUGAGGUGGUCACGCUGUGGUACCGCCCACCGGAUGUCCUCUUUGGGGCCAAGCUGUACUCCACGUCCAUCGACAUGUGGUCAGCCGGCUGCAUCUUUGCAGAGCUGGCUAAUGCGGGGCGGCCUCUCUUCCCUGGCAAUGAUGUGGAUGACCAGCUGAAGAGGAUCUUUCGACUGCUAGGGACACCGACUGAAGAACAAUGGCCUGCCAUGACCAAGCUGCCAGACUAUAAGCCCUACCCAAUGUACCCAGCUACAACAUCCUUGGUGAACGUCGUACCCAAGCUUAAUGCCACAGGGAGAGACCUGUUGCAGAACCUAUUGAAGUGUAACCCUGUGCAGCGCAUCUCAGCAGAGGAGGCCUUGCAGCACCCCUACUUCUCUGACUUCUGUCCCCCGUAGGCUCUCUGAUCCCUGGUGGCCAGGCUGGGGCCUGGCCUAUUUAAGCCUCCCUCACAGAAGGGUGGAAAAAUGGGGUGUGGGAAGCCAAGCCCCAGCUGUGCUGGGCCCAGCCAGGGUAGAAUUACCCUGGCUCGCAGUUUUCACUCCCUACAUGGACUUUAUUUAAUUUCAUAAAUUGGCUCCUUUCCCACAGUCUGCUGAUAUGGUGGCGGGGUGGCUCUGAAGGGUGGCUGGUGACCCCUGCUCUGACUUACCACCCUCUGUGACCCUGCCUACAGCUUGUGCAAUGAGCUGCUCACUGUCUGCUCUGCCUCUUUCCAUGUCCUGAGACCGGGAACAGGAAGCCGUGAUCCCCAUCCUUUUGAUUGUAUCACGGCAGCCCUGUCUCCACAUGCAGGCUUAUGUCCUCCUGCACACGUUUCUCUUCUGCCUAGAAGGGCCAGAUACAGCUCUGAGGUAGGAUGACCAGCUGAAGAGGAUCUUUCGAUAUCCUUCCAGUGCCCUUAGCCCACUCCUUCACCUCUUUGUAGAAAGGUGUGCAAAGUUGAGCCUCUUCCAGACUGGGGACAAUGGGCCAGGCCUCUUUAUGGGUGUUUCCACAUUCUAGAUAGAGCCUUCCAUCUCUGUUUUCACACUCGGAGUUGUAGACUGGGGCAGGAAAGACCCAGAACUGUGUGGGUCUCUUUCAUGAGAACAAUCCUUCCCAGUUCCUGUUUACCAGCCUCUCAGUGGUUGGGAUACAGUAAAAGAAAGAAACUGGAGCUGGGGCAGAGGGCCAGUGGCGCCCUCUUGGCAGAAGGAAAAGGCAGGGCUCUUUCAGUCCCGCUGUCUCAGGUAGGCUGUCAGCUUCUGUGGAGUGGUUGGAAAGGCAAGAACUUUCCCAUAGCAUGACCUUCGGAGGCAGGACACCAACCUGUGUAAACCUGCCACUCCCACCUUCUCGCUGAACUAGUCAGAACCUCGUUCUGGCUAUACACUUGGUCCAGCGAAUACCUACUGACCAUGCCCACUGUGGGCCAUCACAUCUGGGCAUGCAAAGCCUACCUUCUUAGCUGUGGAUAGAAGGUAGGCCUGGUGGUACAGACCUGUAUUCCAAGCUACCAGCAAGCCUGAGGCAGGAGAGCUGCAAGGCCAGUGUGGGCAGCGGAGUGCAAAGUCAAUCUGGACAAUUUAAUGAGACUCUGUUUCUAAAUAAACAAGAUACAAAAAGGGCUGGGAAGCCAAGCAUGGUGGUAUAUGCCUAUGAUCUCAACAUUUGAUAGGUGUGGGCAGAAAGAUUAGGAGACCAAGAUCAUCAGUGGGUGCACAGUUUACCCGCAGCCUGAAGUCUGUGAGACCCUGCCUCCGAAGAACAGAAGUGGUGGGGAUGCACUUCUGCGGGAGAACACUGCAUAGCAGGCGUCCUCCAGACCCAUCUCAGUCCUCAUUACUCAAGAAAAAUUAAAAUGGGUUUGAUAAGCUCAUUAACACUAA